AUGACGGGAAAAACUGGACCUCCAGCCACAGACCUGGCUCCUGCAGCUCCGGAGAAAGAGCCAGUGCGAAACCCACAGGAAGGACCACCACCAGCCCCAGCUGCGGAAGAGCCCCCUGCCCCCCCACAUCCCCCUGCCACGGAGCAGCCCACAGUCCCCGCAGAUGAGCCUGCUCCUGUCCCCACAGUAGAAGUGGCUCCAGCCCCUGAAGAAGGUCUCCCGGCUCCCCCAGCUGAACCCCAAGCCUCUGAACCUAAGCCUGAGAAAAAAAAGGCAGAGCUGCCCAGUCCCCCCUUGUCUUUGGCCGUGGAAGAAGUGAGCGAAAACUCGAUUACGCUGACCUGGAAAGCCCCGGAACAGACAGGCCAGUCGGGCCUGGAUGGAUACGUGGUGGAGAUCUGCAAAGAUGGAAGUACAGACUGGACAGCUGUGAACAAGGAGCCUUUUCUUUCCACUCGGUACGCAAUCCAGGACCUCGGCUCCGGUGACAAGAUCAAUGUACGAGUGAAGGCUGUCAGCGCCAGUGGUGCCAGUGUCCCGGCUACUUUGGAACAGCCAGUCCUCAUCAGAGAGAUCCUCCAGCUCCCGAGGAUCCGCAUGCCUCGUCACCUGCGGCAGACUUAUGUCAGGCGUGUUGGGGAUGCCAUUAACGUGAUGAUCCCUUUCCAGGGAAAGCCACAGCCCGAGGUGAUCUGGACCAAGGGUGGCCAGCCCCUGGACACCAGCCACAUCAAUAUCCGCAACACGGACAAGGACACCAUCUUCUACAUCCGCGAGGCACAGCGCACUGAUUCGGGCAAGUACGAGCUCACUGUGCGGAUAAACGGAGCAGAGGACAAGGCUACUCUGGACAUCCAAGUGAUUGAGCCCCCGGGCCCCCCCCAGAAACUGAAGCUGGUGGAUGUGUGGGGCUUUAAUGUGGCCCUGGAGUGGACCCCACCGGCGGACAACGGCAACUCGGAGAUCAAGGGCUACUUGGUCCAGAAGUCAGACAAAAAGAGUGGGAAAUGGUUCAUGGCACUGGAGCGCUGCACCCGCACCAGCUGCACCAUCUCCGACCUCAUCAUUGGCAACAUCUACUCCUUCCGCGUGUUCGCAGAAAACGCCUGCGGGCUGAGCGAGAAAGCAGCUGUCACCUCUGGGGUGGCCCACAUCGAGAAGUCAAAAACUGCUUACCAGCCAGAGAAGAUCCCUCAACGGGACAUGAUGGAGCCUCCAAAGUUCACCCAGCCCUUGACAGACCGAAUCACCACCCGGGGCUACAGCACACAUCUCUUCUGCUGUGUCCGGGGCUUCCCCCAGCCCAAAAUCAUCUGGAUGAAAAAUCAGAUGGAGAUACGGGAAGACCCCAAAUACAUUGCGAUGAUCAAGCAGGGUGUCUGCUCCCUAGAAAUCCGCAAACCCAGCCCUUUUGAUGGGGGCAUCUACACCUGCAAAGCUGUGAACGCCUUGGGGGAAGCCUCAGUAGACUGCAAACUUGAUGUGAAAGGACACUGGGCAGCCCUGUGGAGCUGGAGCUUCAGGCUUCUUGGGUUUAUGGCCUUCAAGCAUCUUGAAAUCUCCUUCCCUCAUUUUUGGCUAAAAAGUGGGGACGAAGCCAGAAACUGCAGAGCCAAAGGACCAGAGACCUGCCUCGGCAUGCAGGGGGGUGCAUGCCCACCCACCCACGCUACACGCAUGUUCCUCAAGUAG